UACCACUGGACAAAAGAGGUUCAGAAAAACAAAGCCAAAGUUAUCACAAAUAUAUAUCUUUAGAAGAAGAAGAAGAAGAAGAAGACAUGGAUGGAGAGGUGGAAGCUGCAGUGAUGGUGUCAGGAGGAGUUAAGUGUGGACGUUGGAAUCCAACUGCUGAGCAAGUGAAGGUGCUCAUGGAUCUCUUCAAGGCUGGAUUGAGAACUCCAAGCACUGAAGAGAUUCAGAGCAUCACUACUCAUCUCAGUUCUUAUGGAAAGAUAGAGAGUAAGAAUGUUUUCUAUUGGUUUCAAAACCAUAAAGCACGUGAACGUCACCAUAAGAAACGCCGCCGAGGAGCAACUCCGGCCACUUCUCCGGUGCUCACUGCUCCUACUAAAAGAGAAGCUAAAAAUCAUGAACAAGUGAUGGUGUGGGAGCAACAAGAAAGAAAGAUUGAGACUUUGGAGUUGUUUCCAUUGAAGUCUUAUGACUUGGAAGUGGAGAAGAUGAAGGUCAAAUCCUCUUCAGUUGUACCAUUACCUUUCUUUGAUGCUGGGAGAGAUUUACUACUUGAUUUGCGAUUGAGCUUCUUAUAAAUAACAUAAUUAAGA